ACACAUCCUUGGCAAUAUAAAAAGCUGAGCUGAUCAUUUGCGUGCCUCACUCUCUGGCCGUGAGCUGUGGUGACACGAUGUGGUUCCUCCUUCUCCUCUACACAGCUCACAUUGAGCAGGUGUUCUCACAAGGAGAUGUAAACAGGCUCAUUCUAAAGAAUGGAAACAAUCCAUGUGAAGGCCACAUUGAAAUCUACCAUGAUAACAAGUGGGGCUACGUUGGAGAUACUAAAUGGGAUGAGAAAACUGAAAAAGUGGUGUGCAGAAACGCUCACUGUGGGGAGCCUCAGUCCACAGAGGACAUCCACCUCGAGAAAAGUGGCACAGUCUGGCUCAAUGAAAUGACAUGCACUGGAAAUGAAAAACAUCUGUGGGAUUGCGCAUUUCCUGGUUGGAACAUCAGUAUUUACAGAAAGGAUUCUUUGAAAAAGAUCAAAUGUAAAAAUCAAAUCAAAAUUAGCCUGGAUGGAUUUAAAUGUGCUGGAAAUGUUCAGUACUCCAUCAAUGGGAGAAAAUCGGGUUACUUUUGUGCUGACAAUUGGGGGCAACAAGAAGCCGGUCGUUUGUGUCAAAGCCUUGGAUGCGGAACAGUCAAAGAGAUUCCUGAGCACGAAUGGAUAGUUUCAGGAAGAGAUGAAAACUUGAAAAAUAUGAUGAUCGAUUGUUCGGGCUUUCAAAACGUAGAUAAUCUGUGGCAGUGCGUGACUACUACAGCAUCGUGCUCCAAGCUUGCUUCAGUCAUCUGCACAGGUCAUAAGAGAGUGCAGCUCAAAGGAAACACACCAAACGUCUGUCAUGGCCAGCUGGAAAUUGAGAAAAACGGCAAGUGGCAUACUGUUACCAGCUCAGACGAAAUCAGCCCUGAUGCACUCUGUGAGCAAAUGUACUGUGGUGCCAGUGCCAAUCACAGUCUGGAUAACAACAGCACGGAGCUGAAUUGCACAGACAAUGUUAAAGUAGUUCUGAUGGACAACGGCAAAACCAGCAGGUGCUAUGGUGAAGUUCACAUUGCACUGAAUGACUUGACUCAUCCUGUUUGUGCCUCCACAUGGACCAGUGUGGAUGCUGAGGUGGUCUGCAGAGAGCUAAACUGUGGGAAAGUGAUUAGUAAAGAUGCAAGGUCAAACAACAAAGCUGCGAUAAUGGACAAUGUGAAGUGCUCAGGCAAAGAGUCCUCACUGUGGCACUGUAGGGCAAAGCAUGACAAACCUUUCGAAUGUUCUUUCAGUGCCUACGUAGUCUGUGCAGAUAGUGUGAAUGUAAGACUCAAGGAUGGUCCUGGAACAUGUGCUGGAAGAGUGGAGAUCCAGUAUGAAGGCAAAUGGCAGAGGGCAGUUAAUGAAGGAUGGACCUCUGACAAUUCAAAUACUGUCUGCAAGCAACUGAAAUGUGGAGAUAAAAGUAAACCCACCAGACCUAACAAAUUCAACCAGGGCUCAGCUGAUUUCCUGGCUAAGACUGUGAACUGCGCGUCAAAAGCCACACACAUAUCUGAGUGUAUUACAGAAAACAAUAGAGGCGAACAGAACAAUGCAGUGCCAUUAACCUGCCUGGAUCACAAGGUGGUAUUUCUGAAUGGAAAUAAUUCCUGUUCUGGCACGGUAGGGAUAGAGCACAUGCAAAAAACCUAUUGGCUAUCCGGAUCGAACGAGACAUGGAAUCAAGAGUCUGCAAACACAGUGUGUCAGCAGAUGCACUGUGGGGAAGCUUCUAACUAUACCUCCAUCCAGCAAGAUGAUAAGGAAACUACUUGGAGAGAAUCUUACAAAUGCUCAUCCAAAACCACAUCUCUGUUUGAAUGUGAAAAUAUGACACAGCCACCUGACCACAAUGACACUAUUGCCAGUGUGACAUGUACAGGAAGCGUCACAGUGAACCUGACCAACGGGUGUUGGGGGAAUGUCAAUGUUUGUGUGGGAGGAAAGUGUGGAGGUGUGUGUAAAGACGCCUGGUCAGAUGAAAAGUCUGAUAUGCUGUGUGAAAACCUGGGCUGCGGGCAUGGAAUACUUGCAAGCAGCACACCUGUAGAAACUGAGGUGAUCAUCAGGAGUAUGCACACAACAAAGCACACGACCAACCUGAACCAAUGCAACUUGGUCAGAAAUGAUGACGGAGAUACCACCUGUAACAAAAAGCCAGGCUACGUUGUUUGCUCAGGAAGCGUCAAGAUAAAAAUGAACAGUUCCAGAUACAAGUGUUCUGGAAAUGUGGAGAUGAUGUAUGAAAACCAGUGGCUGCCAGUGUGUUCAGAUGCUCUUACAGACAUCGAAACACGAAACACCAUCUGUGAGGAGCUGAAAUGUGGUCAGGCUAUAAAAAAGUUAGACUUUGGGUCAACAUCACCAGGGACUCGUGGCAUUUCAAAAAUACAAUGUUCUACAAAUGGCACCAAGCCAUUAGCAGCAUGUAACAUCACUUCUGACAAGUGCACAGGCCAUCUUGGUGGUCUCCAGUGCUCCGAGUGGAGAAAGAUGGAGCUGAGAUUCGGCAAGGCCUGUAGCGGAGACGUGUUUGUUCGCUCUGAGGGAAAAUGGCAUGCUGUGUCAAGUGAAGGCUGGACAGACACUGAGGGCAAUCAGCUUUGCAAGGAUCUGAACUGUGGCAGCGUCAAACAGAACAACAAUUACGGAAACAAAACCAAUGAUCCUUUCUGGUCAAAAAACUUUAACUGUACAGAUGUAGCAAGAGAAAACAUCUGGGACUGUGAAAAUUCACCGUUGCAUUCAGAGAAGAAGCAGCUCCAUAUUGAGUGUCAAGGUGAGCCCAAUAUCAACCUUUCAGAAAACUGUAGCGGUGAAGUGAAGAUAAAUAACGUUGGCAUUUGCAUAAAUGGCUGGAACUUAGACUAUUCACACUCGGUUUGCCAGGAACAGAAAUGUGGCAAUGCAAUUGGGUUUGAAGGUAAACCAGCUAAUCCAGAUAAUGAGUACUACAGUGUCAGUUGUGAGGGUUACCAUCACAAACUUGGCCAGUGCAACAGAUUGGAAGUGAAGUGCGAAGAGUUGGUUUCUGUUUACUGCACUGGUAAUGUCAAGUUCAGAACCACAGAAAAUUGUGGAGGUGUGAUUGAAGUCAACUAUAGAAAUAAGUGGGAAAACGUUCAUAUCCCAGAUUUUACCCCUCAGAUUACUGACGAGCUGUGUCAGGCGCCUGGUUGUCGUGGUCGUCUAUUACUGAAUGAUAAAAACAUAAAAAAGGUCAACUUGGAAACAGCACUGAAUUGCACCAAAGAUCACAAGGACAUCAAGUACUGUGUCAGCCAUAUUCCAAACUAUAAACAAGUCAAACCUUCUGAGAUCUACUGUGAAGGGUAUGUACAAACCCCCACCCCCCCAACAGCUAGGCCACCCACGUUUAAAGAAAGACUGCCUGUCAUCAUUGGCGUAGGAUUUUCUCUGCUUCUGGUGAUCCUGACUGUUUUAUUUGUACGAGUCUGCAUUGUCAAGAAAGCCAAGAACCCCAGGAAUGUGUCAUCAAUAUUGUCAAGAAAAGAAGUUGAGUUUGAAAGUGGUGACUACGAGGAUGUCGCAAGCGUAGCAAAUGCAAGGGAAGACUUCAAUCAUGGCAGGUUCCCAUCAGAGGCUGAUGUCAUCGCGGAGGGCGAAGCCCGGAGCACUUCCUCUUUUCCUUACGAUGAUAUUGAUGAAGCAGUUGAGGCUCGGCCCUUAACCUCUCCGACUGCCACUGCUGGUGCCAGAGAUGACAAAUACGUCAAUCAGAGUGUCCUCAAUUCAAGCUCAGAUGUGGAGACCUAUGAAGUGGACGACCCGCAGGAAAAUUAUGACGACAUUGAAGCCUGCCCUAAAAUCACUCAGACUAAAGCAGAAGUCUACGACAGCUCCCAAACCGCACCUGACAGCAUUGCAGUGACACCCCCGGGAUUGGUGAAGGGGGGUGAGGACUAUCUGGUGCCAGGCCAAGAUGGGUGAGCCAGAACUGAAAACCUGCUGAAAUAAAAUCUGGCAAAAUGGAUCACGCCAAAAUGCAGCUCGCUUUACCUCUGGUAAAAAUGUGAAAACAAAUAUCCAAAUGACCUUUACAUUGCAUUACUGAAUCUUUGCAUGCAGCAGACAGUUGUGUAGUUAGUUAAAGUAAAUUGAAAAUUAAUGCAACAAUUGAGUCUAUAAAAAAAAAAAUAAAUAAAUAAAAAAAAUAAUAAUUUCAAAUCACUCAACAAUUUAUCUCAAGGCAGAAG